AUGCGAGUUGUAGGUCGAGGUGCUUUUGGCAAGGUCCGCAUUGUUGAGCAUCGAGAAUCCCAUCAGUUGUAUGCGCUCAAGUAUAUUCAUAAAGACGAGUGUAUUCGUAUGGAUGCAGCAAGGAAUAUCAUUCGAGAACGAGUCAUCUUGGAACAAUUAGAUCACCCAUUCUUAUGUCGACUACGAUUUGCUUUUCAAGACUGUGAUUAUAUGUACAUGGUGACUGAUUUGAUGCUAGGUGGAGAUUUACACUUUCAUUUGACCCAUCGAAUGUACUUCUCUGAAGAUGUCAUUCGAUUUUGGUUUGCUGAAUUGGCUGCUGCUGUCAAAUAUCUUCAUACAAAACGAGUGGUGCAUAGAGAUAUUAAACCACAGAAUAUUUUGAUGGACGAUCAAGGUCAUGUUCAUUUAGCUGAUUUCAAUAUUGCCAGUUAUUUACACCCAAAUCGUCUCUUGACUUCGAAUUCAGGCACAGGUUAUUAUAUUGCACCAGAAGUAUAUAAAGGAGGCGGAUAUAACGAAGCAGUGGAUUGGUGGAGCUUAGGAGUGACACUGUAUGAAUGUAUCUAUCGCAAAAGACCAUUUGAAUGCGACACUACAGAAGAUCUACAGGCUGCAAUACGAAGAGGUUAUAUCAACUAUCCAACCAAAGAUCGUCAAGUCUCGGGUGAAUGUCUCUCAGUGAUACAAGGGUUCUUAGAAGUCAAUCCUAAUAAGAGACUAGGUUAUGGUGAUGCAGGCUGGGCUGCCCUUGUACGCCAUCCUUUCUUUCGCUCUAUUCAUUGGGCGAAACUAGAGACAAAGCAAAUCACGCCACCCUUCCAGCCAGCCACUGAAAAUAACUUUGAUUUGACUUACGAUUUAGAAGAAUUAUUACUAGAAGAAACCCCUUUAACAGCACAGUCCUCAAAGCGCACCAAACUCAACAAAAAAGGUCUAAAUGACAAAUAUGAACGCGAUCUAUUGAUGAUUGAGUCCAAAUUCAAGUAUUUUGAUUUCACUAUCUUUGAAAAGUAUGAAGGAUUCAAGGAUCCAGUAACAAUGACAGUAGGUGAUCCACCUGAUUGGGUUAAACCUGCUUUUGAAGGUGCUGAGCAAGGCGAUAUCUUACCUAUCAAACGAAUUACCACCACAGAUGAUGAUGGACCAAGUCGAUCUGCAUCUACGAGUAACUUAAUGAUUGUCAACGUGAAUAAGUAUGAUCAAGACCAGAACUGGAAACGAAGCAGUAUGGGCGCUUUACGCAAGUUAAAUGGCAGUAGUACUAGUCUUUCAUUACAACAUAUUAAUGAAUCAAACACAAGUCUAAGUGAAGAAUACGCAUUAUCAUUACAAGGUAUUCGAAAAAAGCAGAGCACACGAAGUUUUCGAGAACGUAGAGAACGCGAUAGAAAGAGCAUCCAAAGUAUUCAACAUUCAUAG